AUGUGCAACGUUUGGGUUUUCAUUGCGAGAGCAAACGUGAGCUCGCCACUCAGCGCGUGUCGCGCCAAAGUUGUCGCCAGGGCACCGCCAAUGCCAGCCGGGGGCGCGCGGCGUGGGGGGCCGGUCCCGCCUCCACGAAGUUUGCUCGGCGCUGCCAUCGCCCGGGCGAGGGCGCGGGGCAGUAAGCGGCGGCGCGCAAAAAGCUAUGCUGCAGAAAAAUGUUUGCGCAGCUUUCUUUUGGAGUGUGAAGGCUCUGUCGCCAACUUCGCCGGCGCGCGGGGAGAAUACGCAGGACCCGCCUGA